UAUGAAUAAAAGCAAUCGUUAAUGAAGAAUAUGCAAAGUGCUUCAAGUAAAGCGAUUCAUUUUAAUUAGCUCGGCCGAGGAGAGGACCCAAUGGCUACAUCGCGCCAAAAGACAAUGGGGUAUCGAAAAACCAUUAGCAGUUCGCGUAAAGGGAAAGACCGAGAUUAUCUUAGGCACAACAAUUCCGAAAGAUGUAUCCUACAACCUAGUUGAAGGAAUCUGGGGCAUAGUCUGGAAUGAGGGCACACCCCCGCCUUCCCCCACUUUAAACCAACCAGUAGAGGCAUGAGAAGGGGAUAUUUCUAGAGUAGUUGCGCCUGUUACCAUAGAACAUACUGAUACUAACGAAUACGGAGGUCAAAAAGAGUGUAGGAACGAUACAGAUGUUUCGGCAUGCGACUCACUAUCGCCUCCACUUGAACAUAGCAAAUAUCAUGAGGAACAGGCUUGCAUUGACGUUUCUAAAAGCAUGGCAGAUGGAAUUCUAGUCAUAGAGGUUAUCAACGUAUUAGGAAAGGUGCAAUGUGUUUCGAUUGUGAAUGUGAGCUCUGCCUUUCUUAGUGAUUCAGCCUAGAGGUUCUCCAUAUUGCUUGUCCCAAAACGAGUUAAAAGUGUGGAUGAUAAUACCAUCUACGGUCUCUUAGAAUUUGAUGUAGUGAGUGCUUUAUCAAGCGAUGAAAAUAUGCGCAGAGCUGUUGGAAUUCGUCAAAGUGACCGCACUCCAACACCUGUGACUUAUUCUGUUCUUAAAUUUUCUGCUGACACUCUAUACUUUCCAGCAUGUUUCCUCACCGGUACAGGGACCUAUAUUGUCUCUAACGUUAUUAUUGUAGAAAACUGUGAGAACAAGAUGGUGUCAAUUGAAUUAGUGGUAACAGGAGACGGCAGCGUGAUGCGAAUCAGCCCCUCUCAAGUUAUACUCCAUGAAAAAGAUGAAAUGGGUUUCUUUGCUUGUACAUGGAAUGUAUUCAAGCCAUUCACUACUACAGGAAGGAAUCGUGAUGGCGGUACGAUUAGAGUUCGAGCUCUUAUUUCAGUAGAUGGUGAAAGCGUGCCACCAAUGGAGGUUCAUUUGCACAACGAGCCUCCAAGACCAUCAGAAACAAACCAAGGUUACUUACUUUGGGUCAACACUACGAUGAUCGCCAAUAUUUCUUAUAGUGAAUCGAAAAAAGCCAUGAUUGAAGCUAGACUUCCUGUUUAUUCUAUUCUAACAGGGAAAGAGCAGACUCAAUUUUCCAAGAAGAUGUGCCAUGAAAUUGGAAAAAAUAGUCAAUAAAGUGCAUGCAUGUGCAUAAAUAUAUCAACCAUUUCAACAGGGUUUUUGAGGGGAAAUGUGACAUAAGUGAUUUCAGUAGUAGCGGAAUUGCUGGUGCUUUGCUUCCAUUUUGCUAAUGAUAUUAUAACAACCCCUUCUUAUUACUGUCUUGAAUUCUAUCAAAUAGCAUA